UGAGGAUCCGUGUUUACAGUCUGCAGCAUAGAGUCAUUCACCGUCAAUCGUAUAAGCAAAGUGUCUGCUUAAUUGAAACAGUAUGAAUCUUCCAGGAAAUGCAGACUUCUUGGAAAAGGCUUCGCUCAUGGAGCCGUUGCUUUCCAUCACUGAAAAGGCAAUAAAUGUAUCUUCGAUUCCCGGAAACGACUCGUUUAACGCACCGACGGCCGCUCUUCGAGGUGAGCAGUUCGAGAUCGCGUUGCGACGGCACGUUGUUAAAGCAGCAUCAAAAGUUACAGAAAAAGGCGUCAGUGAGCUUGACGAAUUGGGAGUGUUUUGGGAUCUUUGCUUAAAAGUGUGUCUACACAUUAUGAUAGUCAAUGACAAAGCGCUUGUCGAUUCCUCGGCUGCCGAUCCCCGGUACAAGGACAUGUCGGUCCGUAAAGUACCCUUUGUACUGCUAGAAGACAUUUUGGAUGUACUGUCUUCACCACUGGCUUUGCAGUUUUGGAGUAGUCGCGUACGGCCGUCGUACGAUUUCCUCUUUGCUCCAACCCUGUGGAGUCCAAUACGUGGUGAUAGUGCUGCGUCUCCAUCGCAUCCCUGUUGGUUGCCCUUUCUCAAGAUCAGCCAGAAAUUUUUGCGUCGAUUGGUUCCAGAAGCUGCCGCACCUAUUCUAGUGCAGCUUUCCACUGUCUAUCCGCUUUCGGAAAAGUCGGCUACUAAGGUUUGGGGAAGUCACGGAGAAAGCACCACCGAAUACGACUCGUUGGAAGACUUUCACAAAGAAGAGCAGUCUAUAACUCUCGACACUACAACCCCAAAUGGUUCAUCUUCAUCAGUAUACGACUACUCCUUUUACGAAUCUUUUUGGAGACUACAAGAAGACUUGUCCAAUCCCAACUCCAUCAAGGUGGCCGGAUUUUUAUCUCGUGUUCGCUCCAUGAUGACUGCCUUUGAAAACCAAACCUGCGAUACAAAUACCUCUCAAGACUCACCGAUUAACCUGUACGGUCACUAUUUAACGAGUUCCCGAGUUUUAGCGAUUCAACUAUUGGAUGCGUCGUUUCAAAUUCAUGUAUUGACGCAGUUUCUGAUUGUGGCAAAACACUUGAUGGCUCAAGUUCCAGUUUUGGAAUCUCAAUUGGCAGAUCACGUUACUCGCGCCAAGAAUCGACUACAGUUGGAAUUGGGAGACGCUGGGCGCCAUCAAUUGGAAUUAUUGCACCACCUGUGGCAAGGGUCAGAGUCGUUGUGGCGAGAUUGGAAAAGGAAGAAAUGUCCGGCCGAUAUCGACGCACCCAAGCUUGCACUUUCUGCUGCUGGAGGGUCUCCGCCACGUAAGCGACUCCUUGGCGCGCUCGGUAGUGGCAAUGGUGAAAGCAAUGACGCAGACGAGAGGAAUACGGAUUACUCGCUGGCACAAGUACACGAUGAGCUACCCGCUCUAUCGAAACGUAUGAAACGGUUGGCGCCGGAUCUAUACACACAUUUGCAAGACUACGUGGAGGCCUUAGAUCCCGAUGCAGGAAUCGAAGCCGAGUAUCAUCCUAAAAACAACGCGUUGUUCGGCUGGCGGGCGCUGCGGUUACUUUCCGUCGACCAUCUAGGAGAAUUCAAUCUACUGGAUCGCAACGGUGAUUGUGAAGGUCUUGUGCGAACAAUUUACCAACGCAAAGGAAUUGUUAUACCUGGCAAAAUACCUGAAAGUGCGCUAGAUGAGCUCGAAGAGUUCGAGGCUGGAGAUCCCGGUGUCGGAAACGAUGACAGUGAAGGGAAUACAGAUACGUUAAAGGAAGUCAGGGGCGUAAUGGAAGAAGAUGCUGAAAACCAUCUCGAUAGCGGAGAUGACCAUGUCGAAGAAAAAGUUGGAGUGCCUAUAAAGGUUGAGCAACCCUCCAUUGAUACCGAGGACCGUGUUGACACCAGUCACAAGGUCGAAACGAAUUUGAAACAAUCUUCAUCUUCGCCUCAUAAACAAACUGAAAAGCUUGUUCUGGAAAGCACUUUGCCUCGCGAGACUGGUGGGCAAAUUGCAAAAUCGGGAGAUGGCAGGAUGACCCAAAGUUUCGUGCAAGAAGGUUCCAAAGAAGGAUCCCGCAAACGGAGUCGAUCGCCGGUCCGUUCCGAAGACGAUCGGAGUCGUUUGAAUCGGGAGGAGUCCCGUUCCAGAGUCCGAGAUCACGGCCAGCGCGGUAUCGUAGAUCUCGAGGGCCGAGGUGGAGGGAAAGGAAACGGCGGUUCUAGUAGAGGCCGUAAUGGACCGGGACAUCAUGGUAUGUAUAGACAAGAUCAAGGAGGUCGUGGUGCUGGAAACAAUCGACCGCUGCUGCCCCGGGAAUCCGCUCCCAGGGACGGGCCUCCCCCACUGCGUGAUGGUAGGGCUCGCCGUGGUGGUGACAAUAGGCAUGAUGAUUGGCGUGGCGACGAACGCCAGGGAGGGGGAAGAGGCAACCAUAGAGGCCGGCGGUGACAAAACGUGGCGUUGACACGAU